CAUUGAGGUGGCAACACUCAAGGUGGCAAAAGUCAAGCUGUCAGCUGUUUUUGUGUCAAUACGAAAUUUUUGUCCAGACACCUUUUUAGAUUUUGCAAUAAACGCUGUGGGAAAACUCAGAUUAUUGGACUGUGAUAGCUGCUGUUGUCUUUCAAUAACUUUUUAACGUUCAGGUAAAUUGCAAAAAAUACGUUAAAUGGAUUCGGCCAACAGCAGUGUGGCUUCUGUGAAAAUGAAUGGGACCAGCACAACCAAUGGUGUUGCUGAAGCACCAAUAAAAGCAAAUAGUAAUGGGUGCUACAGGGAUGAAGAUUCAUGGAAAGAAGUCUCUAUCGCAGUACCAUGGGGUACAGUAGCUGGUAAAUGGUGGGGACCACAGAAUCGCCAGCCAAUACUCGCACUCCACGGUUGGCAGGACAAUGCCGGUACAUUCGAUCGUCUAUGUCCACUGCUGCCGGCGCACAUUCCAAUACUCUGCAUUGAUCUCCCCGGCCAUGGUAAGUCGUCACACUAUCCAAAAGGAAUGCAGUAUUUGAUCUUUUGGGAUGGCAUUGCCCUCAUACGGCGCAUAGUACGCCGCUACGGUUGGGAGAAUAUGACACUGAUGGGCCAUUCCUUGGGUGGCGCAUUGACUUUCAUGUAUGCGGCUAGCUUCCCAAAUGAAGUGGAAAAACUCAUUAACAUCGAUAUUGCUGGACCAACAGUGCGCAAUGUUGACCAUUCUGCGGAAAAAACUGGCUGGGCAAUAGAUAAAAUGUUGGAUUACGAGAAUUUAUCGCUGAACAAGAUGCCCUGCUAUAAUUAUGAAGAAAUGAUUAAAUUAGUUGUAGAUGCGUAUGAUGGUUCAGUGGAUGAAGAGGGUGCAAAGGUGUUGAUGCGGCGUGGCAUGUCACCAACACCAGCCGAAAUAAAAAAGGAUGGAUUUAAUUUUGCACGCGAUGUGCGCUUGAAAGUGAGCUUGCUUGGCAUGUUCACGAAAGAGCAAGUUAUAGCUUAUGCAAAGCUUAUACGCUGUAAAGUACUCAAUAUACGUGCUGAUCCCGGCAUGACGUUUCAAAAUCCACUAUUUUACGCCGAGGUUAUUGAAACGCUGAAAAAGAACGCAGAGUUAGUGAUAUUUGAGAAAGUACCUGGUACGCACCAUUUGCAUCUGGUUACCCCGGAACGAGUGGCGCCCGUAAUAGCUGAUUUUAUGUUAAAGUCUUAAAUAUGACUAGUUGAUUUAGUAGAGGCUCUAAUCUACAUUAUAAUACUAGUAACAUCUAAAUAUAUUUUUUAAGAA